AUGACCUUUGCUGUCAGACUCUCAUCCAUGAAAUUCGAUAGAAGCUUCACUUCCUCUCACGGCUCUACCAUUCGAGGGGUGUUCGUCGUCAUAGCUUUCUGUGUCUUUGGGUAUCUUCUUUUGCUUCCUCUCUUUGCCAUCCUCAAAGGAUUUCAAUUUCUCUUUUCCUUCCACACCGAGAUAGUGAUUCCUGGACCUGGCGAAGAUGCACUCGGGCAUUUCGCGGGAAGGCGAGACUGUGGUAUCUCAAAAUCAGAAAUCUACCUUGCGCCCUUUCCCCUAGACCCAGGAGUCUCGCCAUUCUGCAAAGACAGAGCAACGCUUCUCGAAGCACUCAGCAGCGGAGGCCGACAUGGCUUCGACGAGCCAUUCGUUGGAAAGGGCUGUACAUAUAGAUGGUUCUCUACGCCAGAGAUAUGCAUGAUCCUCGAACGCUUCAACGCACUUGUCUUCAUCGGCGACAGCACAGCCCAAACAAUCUACACAGCCCUCAACAUCCUAUUACGCGAAGACCUCGCCCUGGGAGGUUUGCAGCAAUGGAUGAUGAAUGACCAAGAUCGAGCUGCUUGUAAGUGUGAUCAGCAGUUUGUCAAUGGAGACUGUUUGGGGUACUCUAUCAGGGGCAUCAAAGAGGCGAAGAAGAAUAUGAAGCAAAGUCCUUAUUUCUGUGAGCGAGUCCCACACGCUUACGUCCCUGUCGACAGCACGCCCGCAUCUUUGACAGCCCUGAAUGCCUUCAAAUCUCUCACCUACGACCGUCCUAAGCCUUGGCAACCCUCGCCAGUAAUCCUCUCCUUCAGUCCGUCUCUCGACAUUACGACAACGACUCGGGUUCUGGAUGAAUGGGCCUCUCUUGCAACGGCUGCUGAACGCAAAAUCCCCUUGCUGUUCCUCGGUCCUCAAGCACAGGGUUUGAACAAAGCUGGUAAGGAUGGAAAUGCGGCGUUGUGGAAGUUCCAGGACGAGAUCGCUGAGCCGGCAAAGCGGAGACAUUUUGAUGUGCUUGGGUUAUGGAACUUGACGGCUCAGGCUGGUAGUACGGAUGGGGAGAAGUAUGGAGAGAAAGUUGCCUUAGUGCAAGCUAUGAUGAUAAUUAAUUGGUUGUCGAAGCUGGGGACUUCUUGA